AUGGUGAUAUUCUCGAAUGAACCUGACCACCGCUUCCCAGUACUUCCCGCAGCAAUGCCAAUGAGAUCUCGAGCGCUCGACACGCCCAACGUGACGGUGAAGAAGCAGGUGCUGGAGCUGCUGUCGGCGCUGUGCGUCUACAACGCGGAGGGCCACGCGCGCGCUCUCGACGCCCUCGCACGCACUCAA